GUUGUAUGCGUUUGUGUGAACUGUUAACAACAACAAUAACGAUUUUGAAAACUGAUAACAGCAUCGACAGUGUCCAGAUCGGAACGACAGAAUUUGUGUUUAAUGUAUUUAACAUGAAAUCGUGAACCGCCGACGCCGUCCGACAGAUAUAUUCGAACAUAAAAUAAUAAUAUUAUAGUAAUAAUUUAGAUAUCAAAAUAUUAUAAUUAUGGUCAUCGUCAGUCGGCUUGUCAGCGUCACGAUACUGAAAAACAGCGACCACGGUGAUUCGGAAUUUCCGCAAUUAUGAUGUAGGCGAACAAGUAUGAAUUUUGAUGCCGAAAGCUCCCCAACAUGGAAAUUAUGGGGUGAAGAGAGAGAGGAAGGUGCUGUUUACACAAUUUAUUUAAAAAAAGUUCGCUAUCAAAACCCCACAAAAACAUUAUUGGAUUCAGAUGAUGAAAGAUCUCAUUUAGAAUGGGAAACAGUCAGAGUGAAAUUUAUUAAAGCAGGAACGAUUGAAAAGCUUGUUAAUAGCUUGGCAUCAGAUGACGGUGAAUUAGAAUCUACUUUUGUGAAUAUUUUUCUUGCCACCUAUAGAACAUUUGCAUCCUCACAUCAUGUUUUAUCUCUAUUAAUUGAAAGAUAUGAAUACUUAGUAAACAAUAAAUUCAACUUAUCAGAAACUAUGAUUGAUCCACUUAAAAAAACAGUCAUAUCAGCUCUACACGUAUGGCUAGAUUCGUACCCUGAAGAUUUUCGUGACCCUCCAUUACAUACUUGUUUACGAUGUUUACAUUCGUUUACUUAUUCUUAUUUACCAAAAACGGAACUUCACAUUAAAGCAACUUAUAGAUUAGAUAGAUAUCUUAAAGAAUGCAAGCAACUUGAUGAGACAUCUACUUACAUCUGUGAUGACUACGAUUUAGUUAUUGGUGAAUCUCCUCAAUCUCCUUACAACUUUCCUGACGUUGCAGAAAGACAUUUUGCUGAACAAUUAACAAGAAUGGAUAGAGAUGUAUUAAAAGGAAUGGUUGCCCAUCAAUGUUUGGGAGCUGUAUGGUCUAAAAAUAAAAGAGCAGGGUCUGCACCUACCGUUUUAGCUACGAUUGAUCAAUUCAAUGCAGUUUCUUUGAGAGUUAUAAGCACGGUUUUAUUGGCUUUAAACUCCGACAGGGCACAUGUUAUUGAAACAUGGAUUGAUAUUGCACAAGAAUUAAGAGUACUAAAAAAUUUUUCAUCGUUGAAAGCUAUCAUUUCCGGUUUGCAAUCUAAUUCUGUGUUUAGAUUACAAAAAACAUGGCAAUCAGUACCCCGGGAUAAGGUAGAACUUUUCCAAGAAUUGGCUCGGAUAUUUAGUGAAGACAAUAAUCAGUGGGCACAACGUAAAUUAUUAAUAAGAGAAGGUACUGCAAAAUUCGCUGAUACAUUUGGCCACAACGAUAGACAUUUACAAAAAAUAAUUCAAAAACAACAAAUUAGUAAAUUAAACAUAGGCACAAUUCCUUACUUAGGAACAUUUUUAACUGACUUGACUAUGAUUGAUGCAGCUACACCUGACGUUUUACCUGAUGGUCUUAUUAAUUUUGAUAAAAAACGAAAAGAAUUCGAAGUAUUGGCUCAAAUAAAGUUACUCCAAGGUGCAGCAAAUUCUUAUAACAUACCAGAAGAUACAGUGUUUGACCAAUGGUUUCAUUCUAUUUUGGUCUUGGACGAUCGAGAGGCAUUCAGAAUUUCUUGUCAGAUAGAACCACCAGAUCAUUUACCCUCUUCUUGUGCUAAUUCGAUUAUUGGCACCGGAAAGAAAUACAAUUAUGAGCAUAAAAAGAAUGACUCAAUAUCAAGUAAUUGUAGCGUUAAAAGUUAUUACGGUUUAUCAGAUGAUGGUUUACACUCACCAAAUAAUUCUCUAGACAAACAGGAUUCGUUGCUUGAUUUGUCUUCAUCAUCUAGUAGUUAUUCUUUACAGUCAUUUGAUAUGUCUAUAUCGGGAAGUAACAAUACCAAUCAAUCGGUUAAAAACAGUAUUAACAACUCAACUUUUAACACGACAUCUGAUUUUUAUAUAAUUCGCAUUACGCUUGAUGCUGUAAACGUGGAGACUGACGGAGUUGUAAUGUACAAAAGUAUUAUGCUAAGCAAUAAUGAACGUACACCACAAGUGAUUAGGAACGCUAUGUUAAAAUUUUGUAUUGAUGAUGAUCCUGAAAACUAUGUUUUGUCGCAAGUUUUACCCGAUAAAGAAAUGAUUUUACCAAUGACGGCGAAUGUAUACUAUGCAGUUAACACAGAGUACGAUUUAAACUUCUCACUUCGGAAAAAGACGUGGAAAAAUAAUAAUACAAUUCCUAAAAAAUAAUUUUUAUUUUUAUACCAAAAGAACUGACUAGGAUGAUUUUUUUUUAGAUGAUUCUAGUUAAAUUAUAAUAAUAAUAUUUUUCAAUGAUAUAUUUUUGAAUAAAUACAAUUUUUAUGCAAAUCCAAAAUCAAUCUAAUAAGCAGAGUUAAAAAUUAUAAUGUUAUUGUAUCAUAUUAUUGUGUAUUAUUUUUUUUUAUUAUGAA